AUGAAUAACAAUAAUGGCCUAGGAAACAGUUCGGGAGAAGAAAAGGACAGCGGGGUCAGUGAAUCGGUGGUGGCGACCAAACCAGGCCAUGUGCGAUCGCGGUCGCUUCUGACAUUUGACAAGUUUGUCGAAACACUCAACCCGGCCAGCCGCGCGUACAAGACGGCUCCGUCAACACGAGACAUGAUUGAUUCAACAG